UCGAAUCCCCUCACUCUCCCCCGCGCUUUUAACAACAUGUUGUGAUGGUGGUGGGAUGUUGGCUAGCGAAUCUUAUUAAGUAAGGGUGUCCUAUUUAAGCAGCUAUUUGUGUUACCUCUGAUAAUAUUCACAAUCUGAAUCUAUGCUAACAGUCUGGCAGUAUGUCCGGGGUGAUUCUGAGACUCGAUGAGACCGUUGUUAAUCGGAUUGCUGCUGGAGAAGUUAUCCAACGUCCUGCUAAUGCUAUCAAAGAAUUGCUUGAAAACUGUUUAGAUGCCAAGUCCACCAACAUACAAGUGACUGUGAAGGAGGGGGGUCUGAAACUUAUCCAGAUCCAGGACAAUGGCACUGGCAUCAGGAAAGAAGAUAUGGAAAUAGUAUGUGAACGGUUUACAACAAGCAAGCUCCAGACUUUUGAAGACCUCAACUCUAUCUCAACCUAUGGUUUCAGAGGAGAGGCACUUGCCAGUAUAAGCCAUGUUGCCCAUGUGACCAUAACAACCAAAACGGCUGAUGCCAAGUGUGCUUACAGUCUAAGUACUGCCCUCACCCUCACCCUCACCAGAGCCACCUACUGUGAUGGGAAACUAAAGACCCAACCCAAACCCUGCGCUGGAAACCAGGGGACACAGAUCACUGCGGAGGAUCUGUUCUACAACGUGUCCACCAGGAGGAAAGCCCUAAAGAGCCCCAGUGAGGAGUACUCCAGGAUUGUGGAGGUGGUGAGCAGGUAUGCGAUACACAACUCUGGGAAAAGCUUUGCUGUCAAAAAGCAAGGCGAGACCAUGGCAGACGUCAGGACCCUACCCAACGCCUCCAUACUGGAUAAUAUCCGUGUGGUGUUUGGCAAUACAGUCAGCAGGGAGCUGAUUGAAGUGGGCUGUGAGGAUCAGAAGCUUGCCUAUAAGUUGAAGGGCCACAUCUCCAACGCCAAUUACUCAGUGAAAAAGUGCAUCCUCAUCCUCUUCAUCAAUCAUCGUCUGGUGGAAUCGAGUGCCUUAAAAAAAGCCAUUGAGACCGUUUAUGCUGCAUACCUUCCCAAGAACACUCACCCAUUUCUAUAUCUCAGCCUGGAGAUUGCCCCUCAUAACAUCGACGUGAAUGUCCACCCUACCAAACACGAGGUGCACUUCCUCCACGAAGACUGUAUCAUCGAGAGCGUUCAAAAACACAUAGAGAGCAAACUCCUGGGCUCCAACUCCUCACGCACAUACUUCACACAGACAUUGCUGCCUGGGCUGUCCGUCUCCACCAGCGAGGGGAAGCCUUCCUCCAGCUCCACAGGGGACAGUGAGCGGGUCUACGCCCAUCAGAUGGUGAGGACCGACAGUAGAGCCCAAAAGCUGGACGCCUUUCUCCAGCCGGCAUCCAAGCUGGUCCCUACUCCCACUGCCAACCUUAAUGGGCGGAGCAGGGGGGAGCCUGUGACCACCAAUGACAUGGAAGAGAUGGACAAUGCAGAGAUCCUGCAGGAACAGGCGCAUGGUACCACAGAUGAUGGGGAGGGAACCAGCCUAAAUACUCCAGCUGAUCUCCCCAGGAAGCGUCCCCGUGCUGGUCAGGAUGAGGAGCAGGAGGAAUUGACUGCUGCAGCCACAACCAGGAGACGAGCCAUCAAGCUGAGCAGUGUGAAGAAGCUGAGAGAUGACAUCGCUGAGCACGCACACAAAGGUCUUCAAGAGAUGCUUCAGAAUCACUCGUUUGUGGGCUGUGUCAACCCCCAGUGGACUCUGAUCCAGCACCAUACCAAACUGUACCUUCUCAACACCACCAAACUCAGCCAGGAGCUAUUCUACCAAAUUUUGAUCUACGACUUCGGCAACUUUGGCAUCUUGAGGUUAUCUGAGCCUGCGCCACUCUAUGACAUGGCCAUGCUUGCUCUGGACUCCGAGGAGAGCGGCUGGUCGGAGGAUGACGGGCCCAAGGAGGGUCUGGCCCAGUACAUAGUCGACUUCUUGAAGAAGAAAUCUGAGAUGCUGGAGGACUACUUCUCCAUGGAGAUAGACCAGGAAGGAAAUCUCACUGGUUUGCCAUUGCUGCUUGACAAGUACACCCCUCCUAUGGAGGGUCUGCCAAUGUUCAUCCUACGUUUGGCUACUGAGGUGAACUGGGAUAAUGAGAAGGACUGCUUCAGAGACUUCAGCAAGGAGUGCAGCCAGUUCUACUCUAUCAGGAAACAGUAUGUCCUGGAGGUGGAGCCGGGAGAGGAGGAGCAGGAUGCAGAGCUGAACUCGUGGCGUUGGAAGGUGGAGCAUCUCCUGUUCAAAGCCUUCCGGAGCCUCUUCAGUCCCCCUAAACAUUUCAGUGAGGAUGGCAGCGUACUCCAGAUUGCCAACCUACCGGACCUCUACAAAGUGUUUGAGCGGUGCUAAGACAUGAGAAAAAGACUCAGUCCAUGGGCUGCUAUGAUUUGAAUGUCUGUUUUGGAAACCUUUUUGAUAUUUUGUGUAUAUAUACUGUUUUCGUUGUAAACCCUCAUCUUCCAAAUGGUUUAGGCUGUGGUUAAGAUACGCAUUGGUAGCUCUAACCAUUAACUUUUACUGAGUGGAUUAUCCUAUACAUCAUAAGGGAUUGAGGUGCUAGUAGCUUUACAUGCUAUGGUGCCUGGGUAUAGUGUAGUGUUGGGAUAAUUCAAUCAUUAACAACGUGUUCAUGAUUAAUGGAAACAAUAUAUAAACUGAAACAAAGGGCAGUGUAAAUCUGGUACAGAGUUUAUUCAGAAUAUUUCAAUGCGGUAGCUGCCCCAGACACAAUCACUGUGGUCCUGAGACUUGAAACGGCUUUCAGAACAGCGAACACUGUUUGAGAAGAAAGUGGUAUGUAGUGCCAUCUUCUGAUGUACUUGCCUUUCACUCCAAAUAAAGAACCUCAAACCAUCA